AUGUUGGGUAAGCUCCCCAUUGGAGAACGAGUGCGUGCAGAGAAACGUAGUGAGAGUGAUGUAGAAGAACGCAUAAACCAGCAUAUGGAGACACUGAAUUUUAUUUUUCUUUCCCCCUCAGGCUCUUCAGUUGCUGUGUACAAACAGUGGAUUCCAAAUACAAAUUUUGAAAAUGCUACUAACUGGGAUCAAAACCGAAUCCCGUGUGCCAAGGAUACCGUUCUUUUUGGGAGUACUAAGAUUGUAUCAGUUUUCGUCCAGGCAUCCCACUCUUUGACAGACAUGUACCUUCCGCUGAAUGGAGAAUUCAUUAUGGCCCCCACUGCUGGGUUUGCAGCUUUCGACGGCAAUUACAGUCCAGGAUGUGAGACAGCUUCAGAAAUCACAUUUAAAAGUACAGACAAUUAUGAAUGGUAUGAUCCUACGUUAUGGCAUGCUGCAGCCUCUUUGGAAAACUUAGAUCUGGGCAAAUACAUUUUCCUUGUUGAUGAAGAACGGGUUCCGUGCCAGUACGAUGAUGUUAUUUUUCAGCCUGAAAGCUCCUUCCGAGUGAACAUCACCUCUGAGCCAACGAUACAACUGAAGAGCAUUUCAAUCAUGGGCCAGAACUUCACCAAUGACAGUACUCUGUCAGAAUACAUGCAGAGCUCUUCUGCAAAACUUCAGUUCCAUGGGCAAGGGACACUCCGGUUAUCACAUACCAGAUGUCCAGACAAAUCUGGCUGUGAAUGUGGAAACUCAGCAACCCAUGAGAGAAUCUGUACUGCCUUGCUCCAGAAGUCCAGGAAUCAAUGUCCAAUGGUUAUGUGCAAAGAUGCAAUAAAGCCUACAGGUCAUUGCUGUGAAAUAUGUGGGGUCAUCAUUACCUUAACAUACUCUACUGAUUUUGACAUUGAACUCUAUCGAGACAGAAUAUUCCAUACUUUUCUGAAUCUGCCCAGGAAUCAAGGUGUUCAGAUGGCCAUGUCCAAGAUGAAAAAAUUGCAGACUCCCUUGAGAAUUGUGCCACGUGGCUUAGACUCAAUCAUCCAGAUUGUGCUAAUUGACAAUAAAACAGGACCCUAUGCUGGCACUCAGGCUGAACAGCUGGCUAAUGACAUCCUGAAGGAUAUAGCAGACCAUGGAAAAUUCUUUGGCAUUGUGACAGUCAACCUACAAGUAGCCACUGGCAGCAGCUGGAAUGCUCAAGGAAUCAGCAGCCAUUUUGCCCCUAUGAUCACUGGGAUUGUCAUAGGAAUCCUCAUCCUGCUUUUUCUGGGAAUUAUUAUUCUUCUUCAUAAAAAUGAUGCAUUAAGAUUUCUUUCCUCUCUGAAUCUUUCCUCAUUGUGGAAACGAAAAAGGGAUCAAGAAGAUUUUGGUGGAACAAUUGUAGAAGGGUUUGAUAAUCCCAUCUUUGACACACCAUGUAAACCAAGUGUUUUAGCCAAUAGACAUUCGGUGGGGGAAACUCAAGAGGAGAUGGCAAACAGAAAUAGUAGACUUUAUUACAUUAACUCUUUAUAUAAUGAAAUAGAACUUAAUGCUUAA